AUGUCAGCUGCCACUUCGACCAGGUCGGCAACCGUCGCAGCCGAGAAAGCGGCAGUAUCCGCCGCUGCACUUCAAGGGCCCGCCCAAACUCCAGCGACGCAGCGUCUGCGCCUAAUCUCAUCCAAGCAGCUCGAGUCUCACAAGACUGCUUCUUCGUUGUGGGUCACUUACAAGGGCAACGUCUAUGAUGUGACGGAAUUCGCUCCCGACCAUCCCGGUGGCGAUGACUUGAUCUUGGAGUAUGCGGGCAAGGAUAUGGAAGAGAUCAUGGACGACAUCGACUCUCACAGUCACUCCGACUCGGCUUACGAGAUCCUCAAGGAGAACCUGGUCGGUCGCUUGCCAAUCACGCAGGAGGAGCAUGCCGCUUUGGCCGAAGCUGAAAACGGCGGCGCAGACUUUACGGGCAAGGAUGACGAGCUGGUCAUCACUGCCGACUUCCAACCUUCAGACACGGAUCUGACGAGCGAUUUCGAGAAGCACGCAUUCUUGGAUCUGAACAAGCCGCUGUUGGUUCAAGUGUGGAAUGGAACGUGGGGAAAGGAGUUUUACUUGCAGCAGGUGCACUCUCCUAGACAUCUCAAGGAGAGCGCCAGACUAUUCAAGAGUCCCUUUUUGGAAAUGUUCACAAGGACGCCUUGGUGGGUGGUGCCUCUGGUUUGGGCGCCCAUCAGCGCCGCCUUGUUCCAACGAGCCACGAGCCAGUUUGCGGCCAAUGCGCUCAAGAGGGCAACAGCGACAGCAGCUGCCAAAGCAGCCGCCUCUUCAGCCGCAUCCUCCGCCCCAUCCUCUUCCGCUUUCGCAUCUUUCCGACAAUUGCUAGCCGGCUCGGGCUCUGCAGCCCUCGCGGCGGCAAAGCAAGCGCAGAUCAAUCAGACGCAACCAGAAAUCUUGGCUAGCGUCGCGCCUGCCGCAUUGGCUUCCACUUUGGCUUGCUUCGCUACAGGCGUCGUCAUCUGGACCAUCCUCGAGUACACCAUGCACCGCUUCCUCUUCCACGUCGACGAGAUGCUUCCGGACAGACCCUUCUUCCUCAUGCUCCACUUUUUGCUUCAUGGCAUCCACCACUACCUGCCCAUGGAUCGGUGAGUGUUGGCAACCGCAUUUGAUAUGGCUGCGGCUGCAUCACGCAGCUACUCGCAGUGCUCUGGUGCUUCCGAAGAACUCCUGGCUAACAGAUGAUGCCGCUCCUCGUCUUGCGCUGCACAGACUUCGUCUCGUCAUGCCUCCUCUUCUCUUUGCGGUGCUAGAAUUCCCAUUCACUCGUCUAGCAUAUGCAUUGUUCCCAGUGGCCAUCGCCAACGGCAUCAUUAGCGGAGCGUUUGCCAUGUACGUCGUCUACGACGUCAUGCACUACUCGUUGCAUCACCACAGGCUGCCACAGUAUCUCCGCGAGAUGAAGGCCUACCACUUGGCUCAUCAUUACAAGAACUACGAGGAAGGUUUCGGAGUCACUAGCAAGAUUUGGGAUUGGGUCUUUGGUACUGAACUUUAG